GAAAGAAAAAGAAAAACAUGGCCAAAUUCACUUCCCACUUUCCUCCUUUUUCUUCGUUCUCAAUUAUUGCCAUUCAUUUUAAUUAAAUUAUGAAUUCAAUUCUUGAAUCUUGAACAUCCUAAUUUAAACAGCAAACAAAAAUUCAGUUAAAAAAAAAUGCUAUCAAAACCUUCUUCUGCUCACUCCACACCAACUCUGUUACCAACUGUUCCCACUUCUUCCAUUUUGUCCCGGAGGAAUUUCUGCCGGUUCGGUUGCUCCGCCGACCGCCGCUCAAGGUUUAAGGUCGUGGGUCAAUCUCUCGGCGAUAGAUGGAAGCUCGGAGAUAUCGAUACUAAGGCAGUGCAAGAAAGAUUCAGUUUGUGGCUGUCUAAGACCCAAGAUCGUUUCAAUGAAGUGACUGUGCCGCUAGUAAAAUCUGAUCAUGCUGGAAAGCCUCAUCCGGAGGGAGUGCAAGAAAGAUUCAAUUUAUGGCUGUCUAAGACCCAAGAUCUUUUUAAUGAGGUGACUACGCCAUUAGUGAAAUCUGGUCAUGCUGGAAACCCUGAUCCUGGUAAUGCAUUUGAUGCUCCAGAGCUGAAGGAAAUAUUUAUUGGAGAGCAGACGAUUGAUAGUAGGACGCCAAAUGGUGUUCUCUCAUUUGCUGCUAUCAUAUCUAUUGAGCAAUUUAGCAGGAUGAAUGGAUUGACUGCCUAUAAGAUGCAGAAGAUAUUCAAAACACUUGUUACUGAACCUAUUUUUAAUGAUGCCCGUAAUUUGGUGGAGUAUUGCUGCUUCAGGUUCUUGUCGAGGGAUAGCUCUGCUAUUCAUCCGUGCCUCAAGGAACCAGCAUUCCAGCAACUAAUAUUCAUAACUAUGCUUGCAUGGGAGAAUCCUUAUGGCAAGGAAGAUGUGUCUGAAAAACCUUCUCUUCAGGGAAAGCUUGUAGGAGAAGAGGCUUUCAUACGUAUUGCUCCUGCUGUCUCCGGUUUGGCUGAUCAUGUCACGGCACAUAACCUUUUCAGGGAUCUCGCUGGGGAGGAAGAAGGAAUAUCUCUAGCCUUGUGGCUGACUUACAUUGAUGAACUUCUCAAAGUGCAUGAAGGGCGGAGAUCAUUCCAGAUUCAUGAAUGUCCUAACCUUUUGGAGGAGCAAAUUUUAUGCAUUGGUUCCAGCAGGAAGCGUCCCGUUCUAAAAUGGGAAAAUAACAUGGCAUGGCCAGGAAAAGUUAUUUUAACUGAUAGAGCACUUUACUUUGAGUCGGUUAGCUUGCUCGGGAAGAAAGAAUCCAGAAGAUUUGAUCUUAGUAAAAAUGGAUUGCAGGUGCAGAAAACAAAGAUUGGACCUUUUGGUUCUGUACUUUUUGACUCUGCAGUAUCUGUUUCAUCUGGUCCCGGAUCAGAAACAUGGGUACUAGAAUUUGUUGACCUGGGUUCUGACUCCAGAAGAGAUGUCUGGCAUGCAAUCAUCAAUGAAGUUAUUUCCUUGCACAAGUUUAUGAGUGAGUUUGGACCUGAAGAAGGUGAUCAGUCAGCAUUGGAAGCUUAUGGUGCCCAGAAAGGAAAGGAAAGGGCUAUUACCAGUGCAAUGAAUAGUAUUGCUAGACUUCAGACACUUCAAUUCAUGCGGAAGUUGCUAGAUGAUCCUAUCAAACUUGUUCAAUUCUCAUAUUUGCAAAAGGCACCCUAUGGUGACAUUGUUUACCAAGCUCUUGCUGUGAAUUACUGGGGUGGGAUUUUCGCUAAAAAAUAUACCGAGGCAGACUAUCAACCAGCACAAGGAGCAAGGCCUUCUAAUGGUGUACAAAUUAGUAAUCAUGUAUUUGACAUAGAUGGGAGUGUGUACUUGCAGAAAUGGAUGAGAUCUCCAUCAUGGGCAUCCAAUGCUUCUGAUAACUUCUGGAAGAACUCUUCAAUAAAGCAAGGAGUUGUAUUAAGUAAAAAUCUUGUUGUGGCUGAUGCUGCUCUUGUUCAGAAGGCAGCAUUGACAUGCAGAGAAAAAUACCAGGUGGUUGAGAAGACUCAAGCAACGAUUGAUGCUGCUAUGCUCAAGGGAAUACCAAGUAACAUUGAUCUUUUCAAGGAACUGAUGCUUCCCCUGACUAUCAUUGCCAAAAAGUUUGAAAAACUGAGACGCUGGGAGGAGCCACAUGUGACGAUAUCUUUUCUUGCAUUUUCAUAUUCGAUUAUUUUCAGAAAUUUGUUGUCGUAUGUGUUUCCAAUGGCAUUGUUGGUUUUGGCUGCUGGGAUGCUAACGCUAAAGGGGCUGAAAGAACAAGGUCGGUUGGGAAGAUCAUUCGGGAAAGUGACCAUCCAUGAUCAACCACCUUCAAAUACCAUACAGAAGAUUAUAGCAGUAAAAGAUGCCAUGCGUGAUGUGGAAGAUUAUCUCCAGAGUCUCAACGUCGCCCUUCUUAAAAUACGUACGAUUGUUCUUUCGGGUCAACCUCAGAUUACAACUGAGGUUGCCUUGGUGUUGUUGGCUUCUGCUACCACUCUCCUCAUUGUCCCUUUCAAGUAUGUUGCUUCCUUUCUUCUCUUUGAUCUCUUUACGCGGGAGCUCGAGUUCCGGAAGGAAAUGGUACAAAAAUUCAAAACAUUUUUGAAAGAACGUUGGGACACCGUGCCUGCAGCUCCUGUAGCCGUGUUACCUUUUGAAAGUGAUGAUUCAACAUUAGCAAAAGAAAAGAAGAAAAUUGAUAAUAAACAAUUGGAGAAGAGUUAGAACAGAGUGGUAAACCUUAGAUAUUGAGCAACGUAAAUAGACCCUUACUAUGAAAAGCUACUACCUCUUACAGCUAUUAUUAUCAGCUUCAAGCUGUUUUUGUGAGAAUUAGGCGGGAUGUAUUAGGGGAGACAGUAAAAUGAUGUUGACGUAGUCGAAUGAGACGUGUUUAAGAUCUUAAAUGAAGGCAAGUUUUUCCUGAAUACCUUUCACAUCAGCUGAUCAUUUUUACCACUCACAAGCUUUUUGAUCGAGGACUGAGCUUGUGCUGCUUUGAAUCUGCUACACCAAGCCAGCAACUUUCAGUAAGCUUAUAUACAUGGUUGGUGGUACCAAUAUCGCGAGCGUAUGUGGUUCCUUGGUUAAAAUUCUAUUUCAAUUGAUUCAAAGAAGCCCUUCAAACUGAUGAGUUUUAAAGUUACUCUGAACUGUUAUAGUGCAUUUCUUCUCAUUGAAAGCUUGUGGUAAAUGCUAUUAUAUGGACAGUGAAGAAGCCUUUUCUUGUAGAUAAACUUGUAAUGGAAUGUAUAUAGUUUACAAAAUGUAUAUUUCUCCGUGUAAUGGGUAAAGUUCUUUAAUCUU